GUUAUCAAUCCCUUCCCUAUGGCAACCGAAGUUUCCCCACACUACGUCAUCGGAAAUCACUCGGAAAUCCUUCUAUCGCCGAGCUAGAAGCUGAUCCACGAACUUGUACAAGACGAGAACAGAGCAUUAAGCUGAAGAUCUACUCUUGUCUUUUCUCUCCUCUCUUCUCCUCACCUCUCUCUUCUUUGUUGCGUGAUUGCUCCUUCUUGUUGUAUGAUGCUGUGGCUUUGCACUUAAGCAUGAAUUAUGGUUGCUAGGUGACACAACCAUCUUGGCUCGCCGGCGGCUCAAGAGAGAGUUCACUAGCAUGGCGGUCCGCUCGUUGGUUCGCUCCAUCUCGGGAGCCAAACACCCAGAACGCGGACAACCCACUCCUCCUCCUCUUUCUCCUCCUCGUCAUAUCCUCCUUCCCCCACCUACCAAUCUACACGCUUAGAUUCGCCAUUCUACUUUCCCGCCAUGGCUGUCGAACGCCGGUUAGUUCAGGAAACAAUAACAAACCUUAAACGUGCCCUGGCAGCACGCGAUGAUGCGUCCGAUUCGGAUGACACGAUCGUCGGGAACUCGAACCGCGGGCGUAAGCUCAAGCGCAAGGCACAAAACGUCCACGAGGGAAAACUAGACGACGGUAGAGGGGUUAACGGAUACAAAGAGGAAAUCGAGUAUUUCGGAAGACGGAAAAAGAUCAUCUACCGCAAGCCCAGUCGUCGCAAAAAGAUUGCUGUCGAUUCGGACGAAGAGGAUUCGCAGAGCAGUGACGCAGAAGGAAGCGUGGAUGAAUCUACAGACCCUUAUGAAGGACUGGACAUCGCGAAGCUCCUGGCCCCACUCGAUUCUGCCGCAGAUCUACCCUCGCAUCCCUCGCUGGCCUACAUCUACACGUCACGCACUCUUAAUGAGCUGUUGCAGCAAUCACUCGUGAAGAUAUGUGAAGAGCAGGCGCACACGGUUAAACUGAAGAACCUUUUAACGAAGUUCUUGGGCGACGACCCGUUUAUCAACCUGGAGAAGAUGCACUGGACAGAAGAGGACCACACUUCGAUGACGCGGGAGCGGAGCGAGGGCAUCCUCCGGCAGUUCUCUGAGUUGACAAGCAACGGAAACGGGCGGGCUGGUGCGACAAACGGUGCAGAAUCGAACGGCAAGCUUGCGAACGGCACGCCGAAACCCGCCGAGAAUGGAGUUGAACCUGAUGACGAGAUUUCGGGAGCAGUUAAUGGUAUCACAGCUUCGGGCUCACGGACCGCGCUCCCUGACUCAGAGAAUAAAGACACUCCUAUGCAAGACACCGCCAUGGAAGAUGACGACACGACAGUUCCAAAAACUGAAGACCCAAGCUCCCAUGACGAAGAGAUGCGCGAAGCUAGCGCGCCGCCAGAACCCCGUAGGAUGACGACGCGUUCGGCAAACCAGAAUAAUGGCGGCUCACCCGCGCCGCCCUCGGAAGCUCCCAGCAUCGAGAUCGAUCCCUUCUUUUUCCCGCCGGACUACAAGGUCGACCGUGACAAUGGUCUGCCACCUGCGGAAGCCGAGGAGACGCGCCGUCUGCUAUCCGCCGCUGUUCAGCGCCAAGAUGAGUUCCUCCGUGGGCUGAAGAAGGUGCAUGAUGGCCUACUGCGAGCGGAAAGCAUGCGCAAGAAAGUAUGGGACUGGUGUAGGACCAUGGAGGGCAUGCGGGAGUAUCACAAGCAUCUCACCGAGGUAUCCAGAGACACGGAGCUACGAACCUUUGACAUUGACACCGGAGAAGGCGUGGGUCUCAGCGAUGGUGAAGACUGGUACGAUAUGGACGGAUGGAAGUUGGAAGAGCCUCUCGAGAAAGGCAGAGAAGAGGAGGACGAGGGUGACAUCGUUACUCAUGGCAAGAAGACGAGACGAAGAGGUGACAGGUGA